AUGGAUGUCACAGACGUCUCGGCGUUGAAAAAAACAUUUCCUGUAUCAGCGACAUUUUUUGUGAUUUAUCUACUGGAAGGAGUGCUUAUACUUCUGGGAAAUAUUUUAGCCAUUUUUGUUUUCUGGAAGCAUCGGGAGAAGCUGAAACGAACAUCAUAUCUUCUCGUAAAUUUAGCUCUUGCCGAUCUUUUUGUGGUUGUCGGCAUUUCACUUGGUUUAAGCAGUCAAGUUAAAAUUUUUAUCACUAAUGAACUUUCAACAUUAGAGGAGUUUUUAACUCUUUUCACCUGGGACGUGUUUUGUGAAGGAUCUUCUCUGCUCAGUUUACUGGUGAUAUCUUUGGAGCGCCUCUAUGCAGUCCGCUGGCCUUUCCGUCACCGUACUUUACGCACCAGAAGCUACAUCUACAGCGUUGCAUUUGUAUGGAUAACAUCAGGUUUAAUGUCUGCAAUGUUCUUCGCUUUUCUCUACCAUGAAAGUAACGUUGUUGUCUUUAUUUUAGCUCCAGUACUUUUCGUCUUCUUGGUGGUCCUUUGUGUAGCAAAUAUUCUCAUUUGCGUUCAGAUGCGUAGAAAUGUACCUGAAGGUGUGAGCGAGAAACGUGCCGGGCAAAACAAGAAACUAACCAAUACUUUAUUGAUUGUUACAAUUCUUUCUCUCAUCUGCUGGUUGCCAGGUACUGUGAUGGUGUUUGUUGUUCAUGCGCACGGCCCUGAAUAUGCCAUCAGCACAUUUGAUGAAUAUCGCGUCCUGAAGAUUUUUCAAUUAGCAAAUUCAAUUGUAAACCCCUUAGUUUACACCUUUCGAAUGCCAAUAUUCAAGUCUGAAAUCAAGGAAUGCUUUUCUAAACGUUGCCGUAGAAAUGAAAAUCGGAUUGAGAAUCGUAACCUCGAGAUAGUAACACAGGUCUGUGAGGAAGAUGUUCAAGGAGAAGGUGAUAUGCAACACUGUGAAACCAAAUUGUAAUUUUUCUCCAUGUCUGCUCUUCUGGAUGCAGUUAACCAUGAUUUAUUGCAUAACCCUUUUUGUGUCAAUGCUCAGCAGCCUUCCAGAGUUUUAUUAUUAGUGAAAAAGUAUUUUAAGUAGUUGGUUCUGAAAGUGAUGCUGCGUCAAGAAAAUAUCCUCUUAAGACUCCUGUUAGUUGCAUAUUUGAGGGAAAAGGCGUAAUUAUUAACAGGUUCGGUUAUAUACAUGAAAUAUACACACGCU